AUGCGACAGGAAAUCGGCUCCAGUGAUAGACAACAGAAAUUCCGCCUGGAUAAAAACUUAUUGGAACCGUCGCCGAAGUCUGUGGUCGAGAGUCAGGGACCGUUACCCAUACGUGUUGAUGGUGGUGUCACUGGCGGCUUGCAGCGAAAACUGCGAAAGCAGGAGGUGGUGACGCCUAGGAGACGGGCUAAAACUAACCUCAGCGUCAGUUUUGUUGAUAAAACUGAACCCGGUGGACUUGUCGGUUAG